AUGAGUCCCCGUCGUAAUCCCAAGCGUAAUGCCCGCGAAGCUUUUAAUAAGGAUACAGACGUUGAAAAAAGCAUCGUGAGUGGAAUGAACGAGGGCCAUGGGAAGGCACAAAAGCCCGAUGAAAGCGAGCAAGAAAACAUAGUACCACCCUCAAGAGCAACGAAGAAGCGACGCGUCAAGGAGGUAGGCAGCGUGGAUAUGCAGGCCGAAUCUUCAUCUGCCAUAAUCACGGCAAAUGAUACUGCACCUGAAAAGCCUUGUGAUAUAGAGUUGCCUAGGGCACAGCUGGGCUCAAUGCCCGACGAACUCUUGUGCGAAAUUUUCAGUUACACUCUGCCGCUUGACCUCCUUCAGUUAUCACACACGUGCAAGAGCUUUCGCUCAUUCCUUAUGCACACUUCGGCUCGUUUUAUCUGGAAGAGCGCGCGGUUAAAUGUCCCUGUACCCGGACUCCCAGAUUGCCCAGAGGACUUGAACGAAGCACAAUACGCAGCUCUUGUAUUCGCACCCAAUUGCCAGUUUUGCUUCAAGAAACCAGUCAACCGUAACUUCGGGGAGUAUGUUACGUCAAAUAUCAUGACAGACUUUUAUGCUCGAAUUAAGAGUUGCAUACCUUGUUUGCGCAACAAGAAAAUAUUCUUCCCCUGGAAGAGAGGCCAAGGACCGUGGUGGAAUGGGCCUUAUCCUAGAACGAUGGCGCCGUAUCUGCCCUUUGUCGCCGCCCCCAAGGGUACAUAUAACGCUAGGAUAACCUAUAAGAUUCUACACCUUCCGACCAACGAUGCUUGGGCGGAAGAGUACAGAAACGCGAAGUCAAAGGCAAAAUGGGUCGAAGAUAAGACCCGAGCCCGGAAACUUGCCUAUGUGCAUUCUGAGCGUUGCAAAGUCUUUAUGGUGGAAUGGAAUAAACAUUUAGUAAAUGAAAGAAAGGCAGUCGUCGCCAAGUAUGUUGAAUCUCUGGGUUGGGAGGAGGAGUUCUUGAAGAACUGGAACCCAAAAUUGCUCAUACAAAACGACCCCGAGCUGCAGAUAAUAUUUCAAGUCGAUAUAUCCCAAGAAUGGCUCGACAAUACUCGUGAUUGGUUCAACCUCAGGAUGAGCAAAUUGAAGAUCGAACGACUCGACCAAGAACGCGAGAAUAGGGUCAUCAAGGCCUACAUAGUUCUUGACGAUGUACUCAAGAACUUUGCGCUGGACCUCCCUCCCAAUGCCCUCGUCCCUCAAGUACCCGACAUUAUUGGAUAUCCAGCCAUCCAGGAUAUAAUUCAUGAAAACCAAUUCAACGACAAUUUAUCGGCCAAGGACUUUGAACCGUUACGGUCAGUCUUUCCCAGUAUUGUGGCUCAAUCUCUACAGGAGAGAGAAGAGAAACUACUUGCAAUAAUUGCGAAAGAACUGGGGGAGGGCAUGUUUGAUCCAAAAACCAUACUGCAUCUUGCUACUACUACUUUCCAUUGCGAAAUUUGUCAUGAGGACAUAUUGCAAUAUCCCCGUGUCCUUGUUCACAGGCAUGCCUACGAAUGUCGCCAUCCCCUCCAGAGGAAGUUUGGUACUGACCACAUAGACGAGGUGAUAUUACAAAACAGUGUUUAUCGUAUCUUCAGCUGGGGAAAAUCCGGAAGCAUCACAUUCCGGAAAGAAGAUGUCAAUACGAUGUCAGAGACUCUGAAAAUGCUGGGAUAUGAUCCCAAGACUACGACCCGAGCGGAAAUGGAUGCUGCAGACCCCAUUCUUGAAUGUGAAGGGUGUAUAACAACAUGCUUGAGGUCAUCUAAUGUAGGGUAUCAACGUAUGAUGAGAUGGUCUGCUGUUGCGACGCAUGGUGAUCCUAGAAGCACAUACCACUGCCGUUUCUCUUCAGCAAGAAAAAAUCCAAUGAAGUUAGCGAAAGUUGACGAGGAAACGGCGAAGACAGUACGAUCCAAAUUACUGCAGGCCAUCAACAAAUUUGACAACCCUCAUAAUGCCCUCACCUAUGGUUACCUUAUGUGCUCGCGCUGCAGGAAGUGGGGAGACAUGGUGACCUUGUCCACCCACCUCAAAGAUGUACACAUGAUCGACAGUCCGACAGAGGAUGACAUAGUACUCCGCCUUGACGGUGACGCGCCUCAAAUUUGUAACAUGACCGUCGACCUCAGCGAUUGA